AUGGACGCGCCCGAGCACGCCCUCCCCGCGUCGAGCGGCCUGCGCAGCAACGCCACGGGCGACGCGCGCGUGUUCGGCCUCGCGCUCAACGCCGUCGAGACGCACCGCGCGGCCUGCGUGCUCCUGGCCUUCGCCUGCUGCGUGCUGGCCACGCUCCUGAGCGUCUACAACAUCGUGCAGCACCUCGUGCACUACUCGCGGCCGCCGCUGCAGCGCUACAUCGUGCGCAUCCUCGCGAUCGUCCCCGUCUACGCGCUCGGCUCGCUCCUCUCGCUCACGUUCGUCCACUAUGCGCUCUACUUGGACUCGAUCCGCGACUGCUACGAAGCGUUUGUGGUCUACAGCUUUUUGGCGCUGAUAUUAAGUUUCACAGGGGGUGAGUCCGUCUGCGCGCUAAAGCUCCAGAGCGAACCCGACGUGCGCCACCUGUGGCCCUUUGACCGCUGCUUUGACCCCUUGGGCCGCGACGGCCGUCUCUUGCGCCUCUGCAAGCGCGCGACGAUUCAGUUUGUCUUCCUCAAGCCGCUCAUGGCCGCGCUGUCGCUCGGGAUGUUGGCCUGCGGCACGUACCACACGGCGGCGUACCAGCUCGUGCUCGUCGUGGUCUACAACGCGUCCUACUCGGUGGCGCUCUACGGCCUGUGGCUCUUCUACCGCGCCGUGCAGCCCAUCCUCGCGCCGUUCCGCCCCGUGCUCAAGUUCUUUGCCGUUAAGGGCGUCGUGUUCCUCACGUUCUGGCAAAACAGUCUGCUCGACUGGGGCGUCGUCCCGGGCCUGACGCACGACCAGGCGGUCGCGUGGAAAGACCUGAUUUUGUGCGUCGAGAUGGUGCUCUUUGCCGUCGUGCACCUCGUGGCGUUCAACGCGAGUCAGUUUAAGAAGCACUUGGACCGCCUGCCCGACUCGGAGGUGCUCAGCAACAUGAAAGAGGUCUUGAGCUUGUCGGACAUCUUGGCCGACGCGUACCACAACUUCAUGCCGUCGUACCGCGACUAUGUGCUGCAGCGCGGCGGCGAGACCACCAGUCGCGCGCGGAAGAGCGACGCAGCGACGGGCUUUUGCGACCCGCUGCCGGCGGCGGGAGACAGUCCAGCGGCCAUGGCCCACGCGAACGCACGGGCGCCGCGCUUUGUCAUUGACGACGAAGACGACGAUGACGAUGAAGAGGGCAAUGGCCGGGAAGACUAUGGGGACAAUGGGACGAUUGCAGUCGCGCUCGAGUCGAGUGCGAGGGCAGCUGCAGUGCCUGCGUCAACGCAUGGCGAGACGGUCGAGCGCGAGCUAUCAGCAAAGAAGAGCGAGAGCGGUGACAAGGACAGCGACGUCGUGACGGCCAACCCGCAGGACGACGACCAGGUCAAGAGUGUCGACGCGGACGAGGCAGCUGGAGCUCUCGAGGAAGGCGUGCGAGAGCUGGCACUUGGUGCUGCGUCACCGACAGCAGACGACGACGACGACGACGACGACGAUGCUGCGUCAGUAGAGACGCCGGUGCGGCAGCGAUCGAACAGCUUUCCUAGCGCCAACAACGUCCACGACCACCUGCGGCACGAGCACGAGCAUGCCACGUUGUGA